AUGAAGGUCAGACUUCCAAAGCUGGAACUGAUAAAGUUCAACGGACACCUGAAAAACUGGCUGCCUUUCUGGAACCAGUUUGAUGCCGCAAUUCACCAGAAACCUGACUUGACACCGUGCGACAAGUUUAACUACUUAAAUGCGGCACUGACAGGGGAUGGAGCGGCAGCCAUUGAUGGACUUCAGCCCACAGCAGGGUGCUACGCGGACGCCAUCGAUCUCCUACAGCGGCGCUUCGGGAAUCAAGAAGCGCUAAUCCAGGAUCACAUGGAAAGCCUCGUGGACAUACAACGUGUUCCACCUCAGCGCAACGUCAAAAUCCUGCGGCGAUUGUAUGAUAGCCUGCAAGCUCGCGUCCGGGGUCUCAAGGCACUGGGCGUGAGCGAAGAAUCCUACUGUUCAAUGCUUUACCCGGUGCUCCUUCGAGCGCUCCCAAGAGAAAUGACCAUCGAAUACCACCGAAAGACACUGCAGGGGGAAGCCGAGAGUGCCACCGCCAGUAGAUCUGUACCAGCGUCACAGACAAGUUUAGGACCUAAUACAGAUCGCACACAUCUGAGAGCGCUUUGGACUCUCCCCGAGGUUCUGCACAUCGAGGUGGAGAGUCAGGAAAAGGCAUCUAAAGAACGGCCAGAGGACACUGGUGGUAAAUCUACACCCCAUUUCACCAAACGCGAGGCGCAGAAGAAGUCUACAGAUCCCGACAUGCCACGAACCUUUACUGCUACGGCUCUGCAUGGUGUUGUGGAAGGUCUCGAAAUGCUUCUUCUGCAAAUCAAAAAAGCAUGGAACACCCGACUGCAACUCAAGGAUAACGCUAGCUGA